AUGUCGUCAAACAGUACUAUUGGAAAUCCUGAAAAUGCUGUUAUGCUUACUCAAAGUGAUUCAGAUCGAAGUAAUGAUCGCAAACAAGAUGCUAAUCUUAAUCGUGAACGCAAUUAUGACGAAUUAAAGCAAAAAUGUGAUAAAGCAAUGGAUGAGUUGACGAUGUUGAGAAAACAACAUGAAGAAAUAAUACGAAGAUUUGAUGAGACAAGAAGAGAAUUGGAAUACUAUCGUGAUCGAAAUCAAGGUUUGAUUAAUCGAAUUGAACAGGCUGACCAAGAUUCAUCUUCAUUAUGUACUAAACUAGAUGUUGAAAAACAAAUUUUGAAUAGAUCCGAACAGGAUAUUCCUGAAGAUGAUACAGCAAGCGGUGUUUCGCUUAAUGAUCGCUCCAUGCCAUAUGAUUCAACGCUAGAAGGCUAUAAAACUUUGAAAAAGGGAUAUGAAGACUUGCACACUACACAUUCAGCAGCUGUUGUUAAAAUGGACAUGAUGAAAGAUGAAAUUAAUCAACUAAAAAAACAAUGUAAUGAAUUAUCGAAGGAACGGGAUAUAGCUGUUCGAGAAACAGAGGUUUGUCAUCAACAGCGUUUAACUGCUUUGGGUCAAUUGAAUAUCACAAUUAUGGAACAUAAUUAUCUUCAAGAUGCUAUACAAAUAGUUCAACAAGAACAUAAAGAAGCAGUCAAUAAUAUGAAAGUUGCUGUUGCUGAUAGUGUAAAAAGUAGAACAGAACUUAAAGAAUUGAAUAAAACUCAUGAUGCUGCUGUUAAAGAAUAUAGACGCAUUAUGAGUGAGCGCGAUAUUGUUAAUAAUGAACUCGAAAAGCUCUCUGAAGAUUUAUCUCGAGCUUACAACAAAAAUAAAUUAUUGGAAAAUGAAAUAAAAUCUUUUAGAGAUGAAAAAAAAACUCUACAAUUGCACAUUGAAUCAUUAUUACGUGAAAUAUCAUCAGCAUUACAUGAUCGUGAUAAAGCACUUAAAGAAUGUAAUAAUUAUCAGGAAAGAUUUGGAGAGAUAACAACUAAAAAUGAAUUUCAAAGAGAAUGUAAGAGUCUUUUAAAUUAUGGAUUUAGUAUAGAAAAAGAAAGAAAAAAUAGAAAUGAUUCACGAGAACAAGAUGCUUCUUUAGAUUUAUUUAACUCUUGUCAGAAAGAACGUAUAGAUAAUCUAGAUCUAGCCAAUAAGGAAAUUGAACGUUUAAGAAAUUUAGCAAAUAAAUAUCAUAAUGAAUUAGAUGAGUCUCAAGAGGAAGCAAAAAUUGCUAAAAGACGUCGUGAUUUUGCUUUUAGCGAACGCGAUAAAAUUGUGUUAGAGCGUGAAAGUAUACGAACCCUCUGUAACAGUUUAAGAAAACAGCGCGAUGAUGCUGUGAGCAAGUUAGCGCUUGCUAUUAGAGACUGUGAUGACAUAAUGAAACAAAAAAGUGAUACAGUUAAAGAACUCAAUUAUUUUAAGGAAAAGAUGGAAGUUGAAUUAGAAAAAGAAGUUCGUUUACUUCAAUUACAGGCAACUGGUCGUUAUAAUCAAGACUCUUCAAUAAAUACCAACCUUCAAGACUGGGAUACAGAAAUAUUAAAUAUUGAUUUAGGUGUUUUAGGGACAAAUGAAGAUUUAGGAAUUGAUUUACUUGGUGGAAGAGAUGAUCCUUUGUAUCCGAAUGAUACUGCAAUUUAUAUAAAAUCCGUCAAUAAAGGAAGUGUUGCAGAAAGGAAAUUGAGAGUUAAUGAUUGUAUAUUAAGAGUGAAUAGCCUUGAUUGUACAUCAAUUAGUAAGCAAUUAGUUUUGGACACUAUGAGAUCAUUAAGCAGUGCUACUUUGGUUGUAAGACGAAGAAAGCCAGUUUCUCCAUCUAAGAGUUUUUUCUCAACUCAACUUGAAGUAAAUAAUUGUGAUCAUGGAAUCUCAUUGGAAACUGGUGUAUACAUUAAUAAAAUAACACCUGGAUCUGUUGCUGCUAAAGAUGGAAAUUUAGAUGUUGGUGAUAGAGUAUUAAGUAUUAACAGCACAACAGUAGAUAGUAUAAAACAUUUAAGAGAAGCAAUGCUAUUACUGUAUGAAUCUCAUGAUAUAUUAACUAUUACUACUAUGAAAUCAACAUAUUGUGCUGGAAAUUGUGGUUCUGGUCUAAAUCGUGGUAUUUAUAAAAAAUAUACUAAUAGUGCAACACAAACAGAUACAUCUAAGAAUUCAAUAUAUCAAAAACUUCAAUAUGUUCAGUCAAGAAGAGUGAUGGUUAAUGUACCAGAAAAACCUCAUAGAAAUCCUUCACCUGUCAAUAAUUCUAUCUCUGAACAAGAUCAAAAAAAUGCUAUAGCAGAAUUAGAUUCUGUAAUUGAUGCUUUUAGACCACAUCCUGCACCCCCCACUACUACUAAAUAUCUUAGUCAUCAUAGAAAAUCUAAGGAAUUAGACAAGAUUAGUGAUACUUGGCCAAAAGCUAGAAGUGGCCCUGUGAUUGAACAUGGAAUUGGUACAAUACUUCAUUCUCAUAAGAAUAAGGAACGUUCGCCAUUGUCCGUACUUUUAAAUAAUCCUCCAGGUUGCUCAUUACAAAAUAAUUCAAAACCUGUUACUUCAUCUAUAGAUUUCUCUGACAGAAUCACUUCCAACCCAAGUGUGACUAAUAAAAGUAGUGGUGCUGCAGUUGACCCAAUGCUUACUUUUAGAGUUGAUGUUCUUAAUCCUGGACAAAUAUCUAUGCCUGGCAACAAGCAACAAUCUGUAAAUGAUUGGGCAUCAAAAUAUUUCAAAAGACCAUUACAAAGAGGAUUUCGAAAUGGCCCAUUAUAUGGCGAGUUGAGACGAAUCAGCAUAGAGAAAUCAGGCGAACCUCUAGGAAUUAAGAUAUUUUGUGUUGACAGUAGUGGAGUUUUUGUAUCCUCUAUUACUAAUGAACAUAGUGUGGCUUACAAAGUAGGUAUUAAAGUCGGAGAUCAGCUAUUAGAACUUUGUGGAAUAAACAUGAGAUGUGCAACAUAUCAGUUAGCUGAAGAUAUUUUACAGCAUUGUGGAAACUCAGUUACCAUACUAGUACAAUACAAACCAGAUAAAUACCACGAUUUAAAAGUUGCCAAAAGUUCAACAAGCAGUCCUUCAGAAACUUCAACACCGUGCAAUUCACCUACUUUGAGCUAA